UCAGAGCAGAGUGAAGCUGUGGACAUUAACAAGAUGGUGAAGAUGCAGUGGAGUCUGUUUGUGUUCAUUGUGAUGGGUCAUUGUUCCUCCAUUGGGGGUCUGCUGUGUGAGUACUACUUCAUUGGAUAUGAGAAGACCUGGAAUGAAGCCCAGGAUCAUUGCAGAAAGAACCACACUGACCUGGCCACAGUGUCUAACCAGACAGACAGGCAGAGACUCCUUAACUCCACGACUGCUCAGUAUCCAGACGGAGCCUGGAUUGGGCGGCAAGAAAACACGACAAACAUCGUUUGGCGCUGGUCUCAGCCAGGGAUGAAGUUCAACAAGAGUGAGAGUAACUGGUAUCAAGGACAGCCAAAUAAUGUAGGCGAUCAGGAGAUCUGUGUGAGGAUGAAUGCUGGCACAUGGGAUGACGACUUAUGUUCUGUAACCUAUAGAUUUAUCUGCUAUGACGGCCUACAGAAUAAAUCCGGCCAAUCAUUUUAUAUCAGUGAUGAUAAGAUGACCUGGCCAGAGGCUCAGAGGUUCUGCAGAAAAAAUUACACUGACCUGAUCAGUGGAGUCAAACAGCUAGACGACUUCAAGGGACAGCACCCAGAUUAUGCAAACCUGUGCCCGAAUAAUGCAAAACCCUGCCCUUUCUGGAUCGGCCUGUUCAGACACUCUGACUGGAGUUGGUCAGAUGGGAGCAGUUUCUCUUUCAGAUCCUGGGAUAAAGGUCAACCUAAGAAGAAAUGUGCUAUGACUACGUCAAAUGGAAAUUGGAGCUCCGAUCACUGUAAUGAAACCAAACCCUUCUUCUGCUACAACGAUUCAGUGAUCCUGAUCAACCAGAGCAUGAUCUGGGAGGACGCGUUAUACUACUGCAGAGAUCACUAUCGCGACCUUGUCUCCAUCACCAACCUGGACGAUCAGCGCUGGGUCCAGGAGAGAGCCAAGAUGGCCUCCACUCACCAUGUGUGGCUGGGACUGCGCUACACCUGCACUCUGGACUUCUGGUUCUGGGUCAGUGACGAGACGGUCCACUACAAGAACUGGGCCCUCCCCCAGUCUGGGAACGACUGCAACAUGUCUGGAGCCAUGGACCGAAAUGGAACUUGGGUCAAAUUGAUCGAUGAUGACAACCAGCUUAACUUCAUCUGUUCCAAGUAAAAACCAGCAGAAUGUAACUAAGUACAUUUACUCAAGUACUGUACUUCAGUAAUAAUGUUGGAGAGAUGAGGUACUUUACUUACAUCUCAAAGUAAAUAUUUCAACUAAGUUACAUUUUAACAGUGUGGGAUUAAUACUUUUACUUAAGUUAAGAAUUUGUUUUCUUCAUUUACUCACUUUCUUUGCAGUGGUGUGACGUUGACAUACUGUGUGUCCUCUGGGAUUAUUGAAUGGCAU